GCGGUCUUGUUUCGUCGCUCGCUUCUGAGAAAGUGUGAAACAAGUGCGAAGAGAGGAAGAGAAGCAACAGAUGUUCUUGGCGAGCAUGCAGCCGGCGGAGGAAUGAAGGCGGCAGCGAGGCACCGGCGGCCCUUCCAGCGGUUCUGCUGCUGUGGAGUCGGGCUGGUCGCCGUCAUUUGGCUCGCGCAGGUCAUCCAGGCUCCAGCCAUCCAUGAAUUUCCAGAAGACAUCUUUACCAAGGAGCAGAGGAAGAAUGGGGCUGUGCUUCUCCAUGCACUCUGCGCUUUCUACAUGUUCUACGCUCUGGCCAUCGUCUGUGAUGACUACUUUGUCCCUUCUUUGGAAAAAAUAUCAGAGAACCUGCAGCUCAGCGAGGAUGUGGCAGGAGCGACAUUUAUGGCCGCUGGAAGCUCCGCCCCCGAGCUUUUCACCUCCCUCAUUGGUGUUUUCAUCACCAAAGGUGACGUUGGGGUCGGCACAAUUGUGGGUUCAGCUGUCUUCAACAUCCUGGUCAUUAUUGGGCUGAGUGGGAUCUUUGCGGGCCAGACGGUGGUCCUGACAUGGUGGUCUCUUUUUAGAGAUUCGUGUUACUACAUCUUGUCUGUACUGGCACUCAUUAUGGUUAUCUAUGACGACAAAGUUUACUGGUGGGAGGCACUGAUCCUCAUGACCAUGUAUGGGAUCUACAUUAUAAUCAUGAAGUUCAACUCCCAGAUUUCAGCGUUUGUAAUGCACCGGUUAAGGAGCAGCAGAUCGUGCUGCCACACGUCAGAGGGGAGCGCCGAGAACAAGAUGGGAGAGGAGGCCUCAGCUUGUAACACCUCCCUGGUUCUUCUCAACAAAGGCCAAGAAUCUCAGCCCGUCAUCAUGGUGGAUGAGCUGCUCAUACUCAACCCACAUAAGCUGUCCUUCUCAGAGGCUGGUCUGCGUAUCAUGAUAACCCCCCACUUCUCCCCCCGCACCCGGCUCUCCAUGGCGGGACGUGUGCUCAUCAGUGAGAGGCAGAGGCUGAUCAGGAGUUCCAGAUACCAGCGAGACGGUGAGGCCGCCACGGGGUCGAGGAAGGGGUCGCUCAGCAACAACCUGAAGAGGACGGGCUCCUGCAGUCUGGAAAACGGUGGCGGGAGACCGGGGAUAAGAGAAGCAGAGUCAGGAGACAAGCCAGGGGCUGAGGGGUGCCGGCCGGAGGAGGAAGACGAUGAUGAAGAUGGCAUUUUUAGUCCUGUGCGCAUGCCAGGCAGCUGCUGUGCGCGGGUGAAGUGGGUGAUCACCUGGCCGCUGGGCCUCCUGCUCUACUGUACUGUGCCUAACUGCAUUCGGCCACGCUGGCACCGCUGGUUCAUGGUCACUUUCUUGGCCUCCACCCUGUGGAUCGCUGUCUUCUCCUACCUCAUGGUGUGGAUGGUCACCAUUAUCAGCUUUACGCUAGACAUCCCUGACUACAUCAUGGGUAUAACCUUCCUGGCGGCAGGAACCAGUGUCCCCGACUGCAUGGCGAGCCUGAUUGUAGCUCGACAAGGCAUGGGGGACAUGGCAGUGUCCAACUCCAUAGGCAGCAAUAUCUUUGACAUCCUGCUGGGUUUGGGCUUCCCCUGGGCGCUGCGUACCCUUGUGGUGGACCACGGAUCCAUAGUGUCCAUAAAUAAUAAAGGUCUUGUAUAUUCUGUCAUCCUGCUGCUGGCAUCAGUGUUUCUGACUGUAAUGAGUGUGCAUCUAAACCACUGGAGGCUGGACCGCCGGCUGGGUCUGGGUCUGCUGUUUCUCUACGCUAUCUUCCUUCUCUGCUCCAUCCUUUUCGGACAGAUGUAAGACCUGACAGUCACGUGUCCCCGUUGUUAGACUUGUCCAACAGGUUCUAUAUUUCCCCACAAGUACGCUUAUCUGAAGCCAAAAAAUAAUAAUAGAGUGAAAGUGAUGUGGUUUUCCUUGUGACAAUUUCUGUGCACCUAUGUACAAAUCACUAUGGUUAAUGUUGUACAACUACACAAGUACGAGUUCUGGGUUUGUUUUGUUUUGUUUUUGUAGUUUUGUACAGUGCAGUGUUUGAAAAGUCUUUAGGCUUCCAAAAACAAUUACUGACAUGGCAAAUGAGGCAGCAAUACUGUUAGGCUUUUAUCAACUUUGAUAAGACAAUGACAUUGAAAAUGUUGAUCGUAAAAUCUUUUUUGUAAAGAAGCGUUAUAAAUAUAAUAUUUAUUAGCAAUGA